CCGCCGCGAGCACCUUGUUCCCGGAAAGGCAAACAAAGGCAAGGCAUGCGGAGAAUCCCGGGCGCAAAGGCGCGCGGCGACUCUUACCGGGAGGCCCUUUCAGACCUUUUCUUCCCCCCGCCCCCCGCCCCCAAACGCCGGUCUGUAGACCAGGACGGCAGCGUGCUAAACCCGAGGCUGGGAUACUUUGGCUAAAUCUGUAGCCCGCAACCAGCUGCAGCCCGGCCUGGCCCAGCCCAGACUUCCCGACCUGAGGCUGGCAAAGCAGGAAGGAGCCGCCCAAGUUGCCCCAGCACCCAAAGCGGCAGGGGUGGGAAAGGAGGGAGCAGCAUGGCGUGCUACAGAGGCGAGUAUUCGAUUUCUGAAGAUAGAUUUCCUGAAUCAAGAAAGUGGCGACCAUUGAUACAUAGGAAAUGCACAGACAAAUUUUGGUUGAUAAUGUUUUUCCUCUUUUGGGCAGGUUUGAUGUUUAUAACAGGUUAUGCUGUAACAGCUGGAGCUACAGAAAGGCUUAUAUUUGGAUAUGAUAGCUAUGGAAAUGUUUGUGGUCGGAGGAAUACACCUGUGCUUGGUGCACCUUUGUCAGGACAAGAUAUGAGAAAUAAAAAAUUUGUGUUCUAUUUGAAUUCAUGUGGUUUAAAAACAAAAAACCUGAACAUCAAAUCAACUGCAUUAUGUGUAUCAAGUUGUCCACAGGAACAACUGAAUUCUUCAGAAGAUAUCCAGCUAUUUGCAAAUAACAAUGGAUCUUGCCUUUGUGUUUACAGUUUGAAUGCUAGCAGUUGUAUACACGGAUCCAAAGCUUCUGAACUUUGUCCCACCCUACCAGUGCCACCAAGUGUAUCUUUUCCGCUGUUUAAUCGAUGUGUUCCACGGAACCUCAAAUGCUAUUCCAAUUUCGCACCUGUAUUAAUAGAUGUGGUAAAUGAGGUGGAUAUCUUUCAUCGUAUUCUGGGUGGGCUUAUGGCAGGAAGAGAUACAGUAAUGGGACUGUGCGUCUUUUCAUUAGUUUUGUCUUCCCUAAUGAUGUUAGCCUUCAGAUGCAUCAAUAUGCUCGUGGUCCAUAUUUUUCUUACAAUAUUUGUAUUUGGAUUAUUAUUUGUCUCAGGUGUUAUGUGGUGGCUUUAUUACAAUAAUAGCAGCGGGCCCAGCAUAGAAUUAGAAACUGAAAAAGAAAAUAUGAAAUUAUUAUAUGGACUUUCUAUUAUAUCUACAGUUAUUGCGGUGAUCCUAAUUGUCCUGAUAGUGUUAUUAAGGAAGAAGAUUCACUUAAUUCUUCAGCUCUUUCACGCUGCCAAUAAAAUAAUUGGCAAAGCCCCCUUUUUGUAUUUUCAGCCUAUUUGGACGUUUGUAAUACUUAUUUUAUUCUGGGUGUAUUGGGUGGCUGUGCUACUUAGCUUAGGAACUGCAGGCAGUGCGCAAGUCAUUUCAGGAGGACAAGUGAAAUACAAAAUUCGAUUUGGAAUCCGCUACAUGUGGUGGUAUCAUUUACUAGGGCUUAUCUGGACAAGUGAAUUUAUUCUUGCAUGUCAGCAAAUGACUGUGGCUGGAACUAUAGUUGCUUGCUUCUUCAACCGAAAUAAGAUUAAACUAUCAAGUCAUCCAAUCCUGGGUUCCAUAUCAGUUCUCUUUUGUUAUCAUCUGGGAACAGUUGUGAAAGGGUCCCUUAUAAUCCCAAUAAUGAGAGUCCCAAGGAUUAUUCUAUUGUCUGUUUAUAACAUUCUGAAAAAUAAGGAGAACAUGUGUGCAAGAUGUAUUUUCAAAUGCUGCUUUUGCAGUUUCUGGUGCCUAGAAAGAUUUCUUGGAUAUUUAAACCAGAAUGCAUAUGCGGCAACUAUCAUAAAUGGGACAAAUUUUUGUACUUCGGCUAAAGAUGCCAGUGUUAUUUUAUCAAAAAAUGUAACUAGCACCAUGGCAAUCAACUGCUUCAGUGACUUUGCUGUCUUUCUUGCAAAGGUAUUCGUAGCAUGUUUCACCGUUUUUGGGGGCUUGAUGGCAUUUAACUACCACCAGGAAUUAAAAGUUUGGACCUUGCCGCUGCUGCUGGUUGCCGUUUUGGCUUAUUUCAUUGCCCAUAACUUCUUAUCAGUAUUUCAGACUACAGUGGAUGUUCUUUUCCUUUGCUUUGCUAUUGAUGUAGAAACAAAUGAUGGCUCUUCAGAUAAACCAUACCUAAUGGAUCAAGAUUUAAUGAACUUUGUCUAUCAGAACAGCAAGCUUGCAAAGACCAAAGAAAGAAAUAGAAGAAUAUUUUAUAACAAUGAAAACAGCAUUGAAUUGCAGCUUAUGAGCUGAAAUUGGGAUGGCUUUAAAACUACAUGCAGCAAAGAUAAGAUGAAGAUCAGAGAAAAAACAGUUCCCUGAAAUGAUUUGUAUAUUUUGCACUAAAAGAGAUGAUUUGGUCUACUUUCACUUUG